UUUGAGCAAAGACGUAAAAUGCGUUACCGUACAGACCAGCUUUGUUAGCAGCUACACGACAUACUCCAGCGAUGUAAGCGUUGUGGUACCGACAUGGACGAGCGAAUAUGAUAGUCCGGCACCUACAUGUCGAGUUGGGGUAAACUUCAGUCCUAUGUGCGGAUUGCUGCACUCCGCGUAUAGAUGGCGGAUGUCCAAGAUUCUGGCCGAAACACCACUUCCAAGUGAUGUUGCGGCUGCGAGUGCAUUUUACUACACGCUGUUCCUAGAAGCGCCGAAUUGUACGCCACCAAACGACUCGCCCGCGACACCAGGCCCAACAACAGCUACCCCGUCUACAACCUCUCCUCUGUGCCGAAUCACCGCAGGACGGUAUUCAAUACACUACUGGCCCAUGCCCACGCCCACCGGCACCGACUUCUGCAAUCCGUCCUACAAGCCCUCACCCCUCUCCCCCUCAAUCCCAGGCACACCAAACACAGCCGUAAUAUCCGGCCUCACGCUCACGAGUCCAAGCAUCUACCACAUCCUACAAUCCGUGAUACUCGAAACCUACACCGGCACUACAAGCCGCCUCGAUGACACCACCCUGACCCUUGCCACCUGGAACAUCUCCACCAUCCUCCCCACCCUCACCGUCGCCCAACAAGAACCCCAAAUCCUCUCCGCGCGAGAGACCUGCAGUGGUCGCGAAGCAGAUUACUGCAGCAUACUCUUCACGCCUAAUUUCCUGAUCAACGACAUCUCAACUGUGCGGGCGCCCGCGUAUACCCAGAACUGCGGGUCUGAUUGCAUCUCCCGGGAUGGGGGAACUAUUUACCAGACUUCGUACAAGCCUACGCUUGCAGUGCCGGUUGGUGAGGUGGUGAGGCAGAAUCGCAUGUUCAGCGAUUGCCAAUGGGAUAUGUAUGAGCUUGACGAGGGAGGGGGGUAUACGAAGCAUGUUUCGAGUGAGACGGCGGCGAUAGUAUUUAGGGAUGUUGGGAGGACGGCGACGGCGACAGCGACGAGGGGAGUGCGUUGAGGUGGGCGUGGGGUGGUUUCUAUUGUUUUGUGUGGUGAGUGAAAUAUUUGUAUCGUAUACUGAACCUUGCCUCCUUGAACACCUCAAAAUAUGUCUAGAUAGUGAAACUAGUAAGAUGCGAUAACUAGUCUUGACGUUGAUACAUUGCCCCCCAGAUAUCUAUUAAUACAAUAAGCGAAAAGGGCCCG